UUUUAGUCUUACUUUCGUGGUCAGUCAGGAUCAUUUAACUCACUAUGGCGAUAUAUAAUUUUAUCUUUAUAUAUGUGUUAAUAACUGUUACUAGUGUUUCCACAAUCUCAGCUGCUCCUAAUGGAUUGACCAAAAAUCAUAAUAUUACGAGCAUAAGCGAGGACUAUAAAGCACUGCGCAACGAUGCGCAGUGGUUAUUGCAACAUAUUGAAGUUAUUGCGGAUUCAUUAGUGCAAUUUUUGCCAUCAGUUACUAAGGAAGGCAGCAGAUCAUUAUCGGCUUCCUCAAAUAAUUCUACUUUUAUAGAAAACACACAACUAACACUUCUCCUCGGUUUACGUCAUGUACUUGUGGGGAUAAAGGAAAUAUCUGUGUCUUUUCAAAGACGUUUAUCCGGUGAUCAUGAACAUCAGCUAUAUCAAUUAAAAGCGGUCGGACAGCUCCUACAGGAUAUCAUACGUCUGGCCAAAAAUUGGUUUUCUUUGCUACGUAACAGUCUUGCGGAAUUAUUUCGUAUUUACAACCAUUAUAUACCCGAAGUGCUGCUCGGUAAAUGCUUUGGCAAAUAUAUUACCACUACAUAUCCAAAUCGAAGCUUUUACGAAUAUCCCUUUAUCUUACUGGGUGAAGUGAUCGAAUUUGGUCUUUCUUAUCUACAAAGCACACAAAUAUAUGACGAAGAAGAACAUAAGAAAAUUGCUACGACUUUGGAAGACGACGAGAUUUCGUAUGAACAAAACGAAAUUUGGCCAUAUGGUAUGGGCAAAUAUUCAAGAAGCCUUGAUGCUGCAAGUGAUGAAGGUCAGACAGAUACGAAUGUACUAAACAUACAACAUCCUUGGCAAAAAUGUUUGAAAAUGUAUGCAGCAGAUAGCAUUUCAAGACAAUUAAAGUUGUAUUUUAUAGGAGAAUGAAGUAUGUAUCAUAGUCAGGCAUGCUGAAAGGGUUUUUUUUUCAAACGUAUUUAAAACAAAUAAAAUAUUUAUGUAUACUAAUAACG